AUGUCUGAGCUGCGCUUUGACAACCAGACAGUCGUUGUUACAGGAGCUGGUGGUGGUCUUGGAAAGGCCUACGCUACCUUCUUCGCUUCCAGAGGUGCCAAUGUCGUUGUAAACGAUUUGGGUGUUUCCCACUCCGGUGAGGGGGCGUCAUCAAAGGCUGCUGAUGUAGUAGUUGAGGAGAUCCGAGCGGCUGGCGGCAAGGCAGUAGCCAACUACGACAGCGUUGAGAACGGUGAAGCCAUCAUUGAGACUGCCAUCAAGAACUUCGGCCGGAUCGAUGUUCUCAUCAACAACGCUGGUAUCCUCCGUGAUGUCAGCUUCAAGAACAUGAAAGAUCAGGAUUGGGACCUGAUCAACAAAGUUCACACCUACGGUGCAUACAAGUGCGCAAGAGCAGCAUGGCCUCACUUCCGGAAACAGAAGUAUGGUCGUGUCAUCAACACCGCUUCGGCAGCCGGUCUCUUCGGCAACUUCGGCCAGGCGAACUACUCUGCCGCCAAGCUCGGCCAGGUCGGUUUCACUGAGACCCUUGCGAAGGAGGGUGCCAAGUACAACAUCAUUGCCAACGUUAUCGCUCCCAUCGCUGCCAGCCGUAUGACCGCUACAAUCAUGCCUCCUGAGGUUUUGGAGAACCUCAAGCCCGACUGGGUUGUCCCCCUUGUCGCUGUUCUGGUCCACCCCUCGAAUACCACUGAGAGUGGCUCAAUUUUCGAGGUCGGCGGUGGCCACAUGGCCAAGCUCCGGUGGGAGCGUGCCAAGGGUGCCUUGUUGAAGACCGACGCUUCCCUGACUCCCGGAGCCAUUGCAAGAAAGUGGAACGAUGUCUACGACUACUCUCAGCCAGAGUAUCCUACCGGCCCCGCCGACUUCAUGACCCUCCUGGAGAAUGGCAUGAAGACUCCUAGCGCUCCCGCUGGAGAAGAGCCUAAUCUGAAGGGCAAGGUUGCCCUCGUUACUGGUGGUGGUAAUGGUCUGGGCCGCUCGUACUGUCUUCUGUUCGCUAAGCUCGGUGCCUCCGUGGUCGUUAACGAUCUGGUCGAUCCCGAACCUGUCGUCCAGGAGAUCAAGAAGAUGGGUGGAAAGGCUGUUGGCAACAAGGCCUCCUGCGAGGACGGCGACGCAGUCGUCAAGACUGCCAUUGAUGCUUUCGGUCGCAUUGAUAUCUUGGUCAACAACGCCGGUAUCCUCCGUGACAAGGCCUUCACCAACAUGAACGAUGAUCUGUGGAACCCUGUCAUCAACGUUCAUCUGCGUGGUACCUAUAAGGUGACCAAGGCCGCUUGGCCCUACAUGCUCAAGCAAAAGUACGGUCGGAUUGUCAACACCGCUAGCACCAGCGGUAUCUACGGCAACUUUGGACAGGCCAACUAUGCUGCCGCGAAACUGGGUAUCCUUGGUCUCUCCCGCGCCCUCGCCAUUGAAGGUGCCAAGUACAACAUCAAGGUCAACACCAUUGCGCCCAACGCGGGCACCAACAUGACCCGUACCAUUAUGCCUGAGGAGAUGGUUCAGGCCUUCAAGCCCGACUAUGUUGCCCCCAUGGUCGCCCUUCUCUGCUCUGACAUGUGCCCGGAGCCCAGCAGCAAGGGUCUUUACGAGUGCGGCAGCGGAUGGUUCUCCAGUACUCGCUGGCAGCGUUCUGGCGGCCACGGAUUCCCUGUGGACGUGAAGCUGACUCCUGAGGCUGUUCUCAAGCAGUGGAAGCAGAUCAUUGACUUCGAUGAUGGUCGUGCUGACCACCCCGAGGACAGCCAGGCUGGUACCGAGAAGGUGAUGGCUAACAUGUCCAACCGCAGUGGUGGUGGUGGUGAAGGUGGCAACGAGAUCCUUGCCAACAUUGAGAAGGCCAAGCAGGCCACUACUGAGGGCACCGCUUUCGACUACGUCGACCGCGAUGUCAUCCUCUAUAAUCUCAGCGUUGGUGCCAAGCGCACUGACCUUCCUCUGGUGUACGAGAACAAUGAACACUUCCAGCCUCUCCCCACUUUCGGUGUGAUCCCCUGGUUCAACACUGCCACCCCCUGGAACAUGGACGACAUCGUGGCCAACUUCUCUCCCAUGAUGCUGCUGCACGGUGAGCAGUACAUGGAAGUUCGCAAGUUCCCCAUCCCUACCGAGGCCAAGACCUUGACAUACCCCAAGCUCAUUGAGGUGGUCGACAAGGGUAAGGCCGCUCUUGUUGUUGCUGGAUACACCACCAAGGAUGCCAAGACCGGAGAGGACCUGUUCUACAACGAGUCUACCGUCUUUAUCCGUGGCAGCGGCGGUUUCGGUGGUUCCCCCAAGCCCACUGCUCCCCGCCCCAAGGGUGCCACGGCUGCUUACAACCCUCCCAAGCGCCAGCCUGAUGUUGUGAUCGAGGAGAAGACCUCUGAGGACCAGGCUGCUCUGUACCGUCUCAACGGUGACCGCAACCCUCUGCACAUUGAUCCCGAGUUCAGCAAGGUCGGUGGCUUCAAGACUCCCAUCCUGCACGGACUGUGCUCGCUGGGUAUCUCUGGCAAGCACGUCUUCAACAAGUUCGGUGCGUUCAAGAGCCUGAAGGUUCGCUUCGCCGGUGUCGUGCUGCCCGGUCAGACCCUGAAGACGGAGAUGUGGAAGGAAGGAAACACAGUCAUCUUCCAGACCACUGUUGUGGAGACCGGCAAGCCCGCCAUCCUGGGCGCUGGUGCCGAGUUGUUGGAGGGGGCCAAGGCCAAAUUGUAA